UAUCCGAGAUCUUGUCCUUUCAGUUAUGACCAUAGGUGUGAGUAAGUACUUAGAUUACCUUUCGUCUCAGCUCCUUCACCACAACAGACAAUUACAUCAACUGCAUUACUGCUGCCGCUGCACUGAUCCAUCUUUUAAUCUCAUAUUCCAUUCCUCAUGGCAAAAAAAUGCAGAUACUUAAACUCCAUUUGGGGUAAGGACUCUCCACCAAACUGGAGGUGGCCACUGUUUUUCAGUCAAGCAUUAUGGUUUCUGACUUAGAGGUGCUGUUUCUUUCCCUGCCAUGUCACACUUAGCAGCAAACCGUCCCACUGCAUGCUGAAGGUCCAUGUCCAGAGUACCCGUGGGGUCUUAAAAGCAUUGAAAAACUCUUAAAUUUCAUAAUCUCAAAUGAAGGCCUUAAUAGCCUUGAAUUUUGUAAAUAAAGGCUUGAAUUUUAUUAAAAAGGUCUUAAUUUUUUUCAUUUAUUUUUGCCUUUCCUAGGAUUAAGUUCAUACCGUAACAAAAUGAACUGUUACUAAUGUAGGCUAAUUAAAAAUUUAUGCAGCGUAACGUUGAGUGCACCUCACACUCCACGUCAUAACAGAAAGCGUGAAAGCGUGCGCACCCGUCAUAUGGUUACUUGAGGUGACGUACAGAACAAGAUAGUCACUAGCCCAGUUUGUCGGCUAAAAUGGGAAAGUGUCGCUGUGGCCAAGGAAUCCGAAUUGCACUUGGGUUAAGCCUGCGCAAGGAAAUGACCGCGACGCCUACUGCUGUUGAUGCCGGAAAUAUUUUAAGCUAACGAUAGCGACAAUGGGUGUUACGGCUGUAAUGGAAAUUCAGUUUUAGAUGAACAUGUGUAGGGAAAACUUGCUUACUCCUCAUCUUUAGAUGUGUGAAAAGUCACUUGUGUUCACAGUGUACUUUUGUUUAUACAGCCUUACAUUCCCGUAUGUGACCACCUGGUCCUUAUCUUUCCAAUUAGGCUUUAAGAUGAACAUUUGUUAGGGGUAAGGGGCAUGGGCUGUGUGAUAUAUGACAGGGAAGCAGCAGGAUGGUUUUCACACCUGUCGUGGUAUGUGUGGUUUGGGUUGAACUGGAGUUGACCUCGUAAGCAGCACAACCCAGAUAAAAGGAUGAGCACACUUUGCUUCAUUGUCUCACUCUGCAGAAACUGUUGUUGCUGUAUGACUGUGACCUUCUUUGCAAAGAAUAAAAGCUUUGAAAAGACAUCCCGGGUAAGACUUUGUUUCUUGACCACCGAGAGCGCCUCCUUAAAGAAAAUUGCCACUACAAUUUGGUGUCAGAAUAGUGGGAUGUCUUGGAGGAACUUUUCCGGACCCUGCGGACGGUGACUGAUCAUCCUGGGACUUCGUGUCACAGCCCUGCCCCGCUUGGUUGAGGGGCCGACCGCCGGGCUCGGAGAAGAACCCCACUGACAUCUGGGAAAAAGAACUCAGUGGCAUCUGAACUCUCUGGUAAGAAACAAAUUCUUUGUUUAUUGUUAAAAAAGAAAUCUAACAAGUUUUGGGCAUUUGAUUAGGCAAUUUAAAAGGGUUUUUACUGCAAUUUGGGUCAUCACCAUGCUGGCGGGUCUGUCUUUGUGGGAUAGCGACGUGAUUAAUACAAGUGAGAUCUGACAUCAGGUGGGGAUCGAGACCUUUUUUACAAGUGAGAUCUGGCGUUUAGCUGAGAUCAAGACCUUACACAAGUGAGAUCUGGCGCCUGACUAAGAUCAAGACCUUUCUAAUAUGUUUGGCUAGCUAACUGCGAUUUACUCCCGGGAGGGGGUUGAAAUCAGGGGGCUGUGCGAUUUACUUCCAGAAGGAGGUUGAAAUCAGGGGCCAAGCGAUUUACUUCUAAAAGGGGGUUGAAAUUGGGGGCCACAAAAUUAGAGCUGCAUAGCUUAACUUUUCGAUUUUAGGUGAAAAAUCGACAUCUGUUGGAGACGUCCAACAGAUUAAUAGGUACCGACAAAGUCCAGGGGAUAGAUCAUUGCCAGCAUGGGGAAGUCCCAAAGUAAAGUGAGAAAAUAUGAUAAACCGGUGUUUUGAAAUAUAGAAAAAAAUUAUAUGGAAAAUUUUUUUUUUUAAAAAGCAUGCAAGAUAUAGGAAAACUAAUAAAGUAUCACAAGUUUCUGAGGGAAAGGGAAUGUUGAGUGUUACUAGGUUAAACAAAAUGAAAGAGUUGAUUGAGAAGGCAGAAGGAAAAGCAGGUUGUUUUUGUGAAAGGCAUGUGUGUGUGUCGUGUGGACACUUGAUUGUUGGCUCAAAAAGGCAGAUAAGAGGCAAAGAGGAAAAUGCUGCAGAGGCAGCUGGCAUGUAGGGAAGAGAAUGAAGAAGUGGCAUGUAGGGAAAAGAAUGAAGGAGAUAAAGUGAAGGAAAAAGCAAGUGAAAAAUGUGAAAGUGUGAAUGAAAGAUUAAUUAGCAUUACUAAUCUUUUCUAUACAUCUGUUUCCAUACAUGUACCGCCGUACCAUCACUAUCCCGUGGCUGAGCUGCGAGCCCUGAGAACUGACCCAGACCUCAACUGCUACUAUCCCAGAAGACCUCCGACCGCACCAACAAAAUUCCCACCUCAAGCAAGUGGAGGACAUCUGUUUGAACUGGAGAAAUGGACAUUUAACGGACAUUCUGCUGUGUGCUCAACAUGCUGAAGACAAGCUGACAGUGAAGCAAGAGCAAGACAAGAAGAAAGCGGAAAGGGAGCUGUGCAUGGCUCUGAUACAAGUGGCCAACCAAAGAUCCAACCAAGACCUGACAACCAAAGAUAUCGCAAAUUCAAAGGCAACAAAGGUGUCAAGGGUGAGAAAGAUACCAGAAGACGGAGAAACUGGAAUGUGACGGAUGGCGAUGAAAUCUGCAGAGCCUGUGGUGUACAUGACGAGAAACUGUACUAAAUGUCUGCGCUUGCCACCGAGAUGGACUUUUGGUCAAGGAUUGAUCCGAAAGGCGCGAACCAACAACUGAGCUGAUGUGCGGAGAGGGAAGAGCAGAACGGAGAGGGUCUGGGCAAGCAGCCAACAGCUACAGUAAAGGGAAGUGAACAUAUUUUACUAACAAGUUUAAAUGCAGACACAUUUUUAUACACACAUACUCACAUACACUGACAUACUUUUGGCUCUCUGCAAUGAAGAAAAAGCUUGCAUUUCCCACUGUAAUUUUGAUCACAGUAAUGUUGAUCAUUUUUCUAAUGAAAUGGCAAUGUUUUUUUUAAUGAAGCAUUUUUAAUAUGCCAAAAUACUCUCUGAUGAUUGAGAAUACAUUGGUUGAGUUUCUAGCUGAUAGUGGAGCUAGCAGAUCUUGCAUACGACCAUGUGACCUGCAGUGUGAAAUACCUUUGAAAAACAAAUUUCACGAGUCUCUGUCUGCAUCUGGUCAUACAGUGAUCGAGCGAUUUACAGCUCCGCUGACCUGUGAGACAGAGGGGGGUAAAAUUUUCAACCACGCAUUUGUUUGUUUGCCAAAAUGUCUGAUACCACUCAUUGGAGGGGAUAUUUUGUGUAAAUUAAACUUAGUUCUAACAGCAGACUUCUCAGGUGUGAGAGUGGAAAAAAAAAGGAGGAAUUUUGUUGUUUGCUGGUUGAAUCACAGACUCAUUGAAAACAAUCAAUGGGCUGAUGUAAUCUGCAAAUUGGCUAAAGAUUGAGUAAAACCUUUUGACAUGGAUAUGUCUCUUGGUGAACUGCAUUGCACGUCACAUGUCGUAAUUUACAGAUGAGGAAUUUGAGAAAGCUUGGUUUGAGACAAAUGUGAAUGAAACGUUGAUUUUAGAGAAAAUGUACUAAAAGGAUAGUCUGUGUGCAGUUUCAGUGUCUCUGUCAGAAAAGCAGCUUUCAUUCUAUCUCAUGUUAGCACAGGCUGUGCCUCACAUAUCAGUUUGCAAGGGUAAACAUCAGUCUUGGGCUGAUUUAGGCCUAUCUGAGAGUAGAGAGAAAGGGUUAGAAUGGACCGAGAGCUCGAGAGUAUUUCGGGUGGACAGUAAAACUGAAACAGCUGUUUCAAGAACUGUGACUGCUAUUGACAAAGUGUGCGUGAAGAAUUCUUGCAUGGUUGACUUUAAUGCUGCAGACACACACCCAGCUUUAGCAGAAAUACCAAGCAAACUGUGGGCUAAAAGCAAAUAUGAUGUUGGUUUGAUUAAAGGUUGUGAGCCAGUUACAAUGACUGCAAAAUCUGAUUACAGACCCUGCCAACAACAAUAUCCUUUGAAAAGGGAAGCCAUUGAAAGCAUUACCCUAGUAUUUGAGGCUUUACUGGAACAGGGUGUUAUUGUACCAUGCAACAAUUCUGAGGUUCGCACCCCUAUUUUUCCUGUAAAAAAAGAUAAGGGAUAAUGGGAUGCCUACAGAAUGGCGUUUUGUACAAGAUUUGCAAGCAGUAAAUGCACCUGUCAAACAAAGGGCUCCAUUAGUUCCAAAUCUGUACACAAUUUUGUUACAAAUUCCUGAAAAAUCACAAUUUUAUUCAGUGGUUGAUUUGGCAAAUGCAUUUUUCAGUGUGCCAGUGGACAAAGACAGCCAGUUUUGGUUUGCAUUCAAUUUUAAUGGUAAAGGCUACACUUUUACACGUCUGUGUCAGGGUUUUACAGCAUCUCUAACUUUAUACAAUGAAGCGUUGUUAAGAAGUUUGGAACCUUUGACCCUGACAGCUGGAACUGCUUUGUUACAAUAUGUUGAUGACCUGUUGAUAUGUGCUGAGAAUGAAGAGACGUGUGUGAAAGACACUGUGACUCUCCUUAAACACCUGGCUAAGGAGGGCCACAAAGUCAGUUUGACAAAAUUGCAGUUUGUUAAACAAAAGGUAACAUUUUUGGGGCACGUCAUUACACCACACAGCAAAUCUCUGUCUGAAAAAAGGGUGAGUGGUAUAAAAAAUGUACCAAAACCUCUAACGAAAAAACAAAUGUUGUCUUUUUUGGGUAUGUGUUCAUAUUGUCGCACAUUUAUUCCAAAUUAUGCAAUUUUGGAACAACCCCUGAGAGCCCUAACAUUAGGGAAGGGGAUGAAAUCCACUGACAAACUAGAGUGGACAACAGAGGCACAGCAGGCAUUUGUAAACAUGAAGUUACAAAUGGCUGAGGCCCCUGCAUUGGGUUUGCCUGUACCAACAAAACCAUUUGUUCAGAUGGUAGAUGAAAGAGGUUGGGUUCAUGACGUCAUUACUCCUACAGGAUCAUGGAGGUAGACUACGACCUGUGGCCUAUUUUUUGAGCAAACUUGACCCCGUAGCAGCAGGCCUGCCACGUUGGUUAAGAGCAGUGGCGGCUGCAGAAAAAGCUGUGAUGGCUUCAAGAGAUUUUGUUGGGUAUUCUGAAUUGAUACUGAUGGUGCCACAUUCUGUGUCCAUGAUUCUCCAAGAACAAAAAACAUCGCAUCUGUCAACAGCCCGCUGGCUGAGAUAUCACACUAUCUUGUUAGAUAUGCCAAAUGUGACUGUUAAACGAUGUACUGGUUUGAAUGGGGCUACUCUUCUUCCUACUGAGGAAGAUGGGGAAGAGCAUCAUUGUUGUUUAACAGCACUUGAACAGGUGUGUACACCACGACCUGACCUUUCUGACGAACCACUUGAAAAUUGUAACAAUGUCCUCUUUGUGGAUGGUUCAGCGUUUAAAGAUCCACAAACAGGCCAGAAUAAAGUUGGUUACGCUGUAACAACUGAAUUUGAUGUGGUGACCUCUGGGAAAUUGCCAGGGCACUAUUCUGCACAGGCAGCAGAGCUCGUGGCGUUGACAGAGGCAUGUAAAUUAAUGGCAAAAAAAGAGGCUACAAUUUACACUGACUCAAGAUAUGCAUUUGGGGUAGCUCAUGAUUUUGGGGCUCUGUGGAAACACAGAAAAUUUCUAAAGUCUGAUGGUCGACCAAUACUCAAUGCUCCUUUAGUGGCAGCGCUGCUGGAUGCGAUUUUACUACCUGACAAACUGGCCAUUUGUAAAUGCGCAGCGCACACUAACAACAAAGAUUCUGUUUCUGCAGGUAACUCCAGAGCAGAUGGAGCAGCAAAAGUCGCAGCAUCCCGAGACAAGGAUUACUCCGAAUGUUCUUUUCUAUCUGUUGGUGAUAACAAUGACGUGUGUUCUUCUUUGCAGGAUAUGCAGACCUUCGCGACGGGGCUGGAGAAAAACAAAUGGAGACAGUCUGGCUGUGUGAUGAAAGAUAAUGUGUGGAUGUGUGCUGAGGGCAAGGCGUGUUUACCAAAACAUUUUUUCCAACAUUAUGCAAAAUUACUUCACGGUAAAGGCCGCACAGGGGAAGGCUGCUGAGAGACCACUGCACAGUCUGUGGUGAUCAGGGACCUGAGGAGAAAGAGCUGGAGAGCAAAGCGCUGGCUGGGUUCAUUUCAAGUGCUACUGACCACGGAGACGGCGGUGAAGGUCGCAGAGCGGGCCACGUGGGUGCAUGAUGGGCACUGCAGGAAAAUUCCAUCUCCUGAGGAGGAUUCCACGUGGGAGUAGGAGAGAAAGAGGGGCUCUGAAACCAUCUGAAGGAAAACAGCAGGCUGUUAUCUGAGGGAAGCAAGGUCACAGCUGGGGAGAAACAACACCAACCCAAGAGGCGUGUGUGAAUCAGUAACUUCUGAAUACAACACCAAGCAGCACGCAGACGGAGGAUAAAGCGACCAAAAAGAGAGGUGAAUAAGCUGUGCUUGACCAUCGCAUUAAAGAUCUGAAGAUGAAAGAAAAGAUUAGCUGCCAUCCAUUCCGUGUGCAAGGAAUGUGUGGUCUGAGGAGAACAACACUGGCAUUGCAGCUAGUGUCACCUUAAUUAACCUGAUUACAGCAAAACAUUACUGACAGUGUGACCCACAUGAGAAUGACCGUAAAAGAACCUAAGAAAGUUAGCAGCCCAUAGCUAGAUUGGCUGUCAUUUAAGUGGGGAAACUGGAUCUACUGGGCCUUUACUGUGGUGUUACCUGUAUUGGGAGUGGGUGUAGUGAUAUUAUGUUGUCUUCCAUGUAUAUUCAGAUUUGUAUUAUGGUCAGUGGGCAGACUGAUUACAACUAAAACAUCCCAUCAGAUGAUAAGAGUGGCCGUGAAUGAAGAGGGUAUGAAUAUUGACAUGGGUGAAGAUUUUGAUUAUGACUUUGAUGAUAGCAGCAGCUACAUAGAAAUGGAUAAGGAAAAACUGUAAACAACUGAGAACAAAAUUUUAGGUGACGGCUGUUACUUAAUUGGAAAAAUAUUAAUGAACCAGAUUUUUUGAAAUUUAAGAUAACUAUCUGCUUGCUUAUAUAUGUUCUGUAACAAAUCUCAAAAGAGUGAUCAUUUACAUGAAAAUCGAGAGAAGGGUGUAAAUGUGAUAUAUGUUUAAGAGUAUAGAAACAACAAUGUGUUCCUAUGUUCAUGAGUGUUAUUGAUGAAUUGCUGUAGAGUGUUAGUAAUUUUUAACUGAUUGAAGAAAUGUUUCUAGAAUUUUGUCGUGUGAACAAAUCAAUAAUGUGAAAAUAACAGGCAAUUUCUGGGAUUUGAACCUCUGAGGGGUGACUGAGGGUCCGAUUUCGAUCGGGAGCGCAAUAACAGUGAUUAUUCGUUUAGCCCGGCUCCCAGGGAAGAGGGAUGUUUUGAAAGAUAAAUCUUAAUGGGGAAACUAUUAAGAAGAAGUGUUUAAACAUCUCUAGUGUUUUUGAUGUGUGCAGAAACCUGUUAAAUGAUUUUUGUAAUCAGUAUGAUUUUGUAUUCAAUUGAAAAAUGAAUUUAAUAGUGAGUUAUCAAUGAAUGAUAAAAAGAGAGGAAUUGUAAUGGAAAUUCAUUUUUAAAUGAACGUGUAUUGAAAACUUGCUUACUCCUCAUCUUUAGAUGUGUGAAAAGUCACUUGUGUUCACAGUGUACUUUUGUUUAUACAGCCUUACAUUCCCGUAUGUGACCACCUGGUCCUUAUCUCCUAUUGAGGUUUUACGAUGAACAUUUGUUAGGGGUAAGGGGCAUGGGCUGUGUGAUAUAUGACAGGGAAGCAGCAGGAUGGUUUUCACACCUGUCGUGGUAUGUGUGGUUUGGGUUGAACUGGAGUUGACCUCGUAAGCAGCACAACCCAGAUAAAAGGAUGAGCACACUUUGCUUCAUUGUCUCACUCUGCAGAAACUGUUGUUGCUGUAUGACUGUGACCUUCUUUGCAAAGAAUAAAAGCUUUGAAAAGACA